AAGUCAUAAAACUUAGCCGGAAUCUUUCAAAAAUAAUACCGAAAAUUUAACAUAUAAAACAUAGAAUAUUGGCAUUGUGUUCAUCACGACGCUCUCAUGGAAUAUGGAAUUUUAGUGAUAAUGCCUUUGCUGGCGCGAGCCAGACGGACGAAAGCAACUACCCUAGUUUAUAUUUUAUGUGUUUUUCACAAACAAAUUUCCACCAAAAAUAUACUUUUGUAAUCAGUAUUAGCUAUGAAGUGUUGUGCUGUGUAAAUAGUAACUAACUAUAAAGGAAACGUCAAACACCUAUGAUUGCAUCUGUUUUUCAUUUGUUGUAUGUAUUUAACAACGAGGUUUCGUCGCGCAUUGUGUAAAAUAUAUAAUACCAAAAUAGUUGUGCUCUCCCGUUUUUUUUUUAUAGUGCGCGUUGUCGUUCCUUUGUUCGUGCCCCACAUAUGUAAACGCAUGUGUAUACAAAUUUAAGUGUUAGCGCGCUGCCUUUGACUCGAUCAUCCAGCAAAGUCUGUAUUAUAUUAUCGAAAGGAAAUAAUACGGGUCUAAGUCCGAUAAGUGUACAAUUGUGCCGUUUAGAAGUGGAAAGCAUAUUGUGAAGCRUAAACAAACCUAUUCGUUUACAUAUGCAUGCUGCCAAGCGAAGCAAAACAUAACAUACACAGAUAGCCAGUCUCCAGAGCGGUCACAGUAUCAAGUGCGUGACAUUAACAACUCCAUACAUAUAUUAAUAGUUAUUUUCAAGGAAUGGUUAUAUCUUUCUUUUUCGUAUAAUUUUCUAAUUAUUGAUUUGUGCGGGCUUUAUUGUUUGUGUAUUAAUGUUGGUGAAUUGCAAUCUCAGAACAAUAACGCCCCUCAUCACGCUCUAAAUCAACGAAUAUAAAUGAACAAUUAAUAUAAUAAUCAGUUGUUAAAAUAAGUAAACGCAUAGAAGUCGGCCGUAGAGGCAUUGAUAAGAAUUAACAAAUCGGCAUAAACACCAGAAGCGAAUAUAAAACAACGAAACAACCCUCUUCCCUCUAGGAAGUAGUAGUAGUUUGGAAGAAAAAACUUUGCAAACGUUAAUUGAUUGCAACAUCAAUACGCUCUACUCUYGACACAGUCGAGAUAAGUGCUUACAGCUGUGCACAUCACAGCUGGAAAUAUUGCAAUCGAACAGUUGCAGUUAAGUUAGCGUGCUGUCGCAGUUACACGAACGUGUCUCACUAUUUGUGCAAAGAUAAUCCAAAAAUAAAUCUAUUGUGAAAAUUUGUAUAAUUCAAUUAAUUAUUAAUUUAAUACAAAAGUGCGCAAUUAAUUAGAAGAAGGUAAAUUCGCGUAAAAAUGCCUACUGCAACAGAUGAUGCCCUGCCAAUAGUGGAGAAUGAGGAGGCACGUCCACCAUCGCCUGCCUCAGUGGCACGGCGCAGUCCUCAGGACAACGAGUUGGAUCUACAACCCAGUGGUUGUGGUUCGUCGAUGUGCUGCAACCCUACUAGCGGCGUGCAUCGUUUCAUUGCCUUGAUUUUUAUGUGCCUGCUUGGAUUUGGUUCCUAUUUUUGCUACGACAACCCCGGCGCACUACAGGAGGUAUUCAAGCAUGAUCUCAACAUCACCACCACCGAAUUCACACUCAUCUAUUCCAUCUACUCGUGGCCGAAUGUGGUGCUCUGCUUCAUUGGYGGUUUUCUAAUUGAUCGCGUCUUCGGCAUACGUCUCGGCACAAUCAUCUAUCUAUUCAUUUUACUUAUUGGUCAAUUGAUAUUCGCCUCGGGUGGCCUUUUGGGCACAUUUUGGUUAAUGAUUGUGGGACGUUUCAUAUUCGGUAUCGGUGCUGAGUCAUUGGCUGUGGCACAAAACAAUUACGCUGUGCUCUGGUUCAAGGGGAAGGAAUUGAAUAUGGUGUUCGGUUUGCAGUUGUCGGUGGCGCGUUUUGGUAGCACUGUGAAUUUCUGGGUCAUGCAACCGAUAUAUGACUAUGUAUCGAAAUUCUAUACGGAUCAUAGAGCAAUUGGUGUGGUGUUGUUGCUGGCGGCCGGCACAUGUGUCUUGUCACUUUUGUGUGCCCUAAUUUUGGGCUGGAUGGACAAACGUGCCGAGCGCAUUUUGCAACGUAACACCAAUCCUUCCGGUGAGAUUGCAAAGCUCAGUGAUGUCACUACAUUCAAGGUCAGUUUUUGGAUGGUCUCAAUUAUCUGCGUGGCAUAUUAUGUUGCCAUCUUUCCAUUCAUCGCUUUGGGCAAAACUUUCUUCAUGCAUCGUUUCCACUUCACACCGGAUCAAGCUAAUAACGUCAAUUCCAUUGUGUAUUUAAUCUCGGCUAUUGCUUCGCCCGUUUUCGGCUUUGUUAUCGACAAAACCGGUCGCAAUGUCAGCUGGGUAUUUUGCGCAACAUUCACCACAAUUGGCGCACAUGCGCUGCUUGCAUUUACACUUCUUAACCCUUACAUUGGCAUGAUCAUUAUGGGUCUGUCGUAUUCCAUGUUGGCCGCUAGCCUUUGGCCACUAGUUGCUUUGAUCAUUCCCGAGUAUCAAUUGGGCACAGCUUAUGGCUUCUGUCAGUCUGUGCAAAAUCUUGGUCUGGCCGUUAUCACCAUUGUUGCUGGCAUGAUUGUCGAUCGCAGCGACGGCAAUUACGUUUGGGUUGAGCUCUUCUUUAUGGGUUGGUUGACAGUUGCUUUAAUUUCCACCUGUGUAAUCUGGGGCUAUGACAAGAAGGUGAAAGGUAACCUGAAUAUGACGCCAGCACAACGUGUCCAAUAUGCUAGCGCAAUACGUGCUGCAAAUCAGGAUAAUGGUGUGUACUCUAGUGAUCAGGAGCCGCUGCUGGAUGAUUAAAAAGUAUGCGAAAACAGUAGUUUCGGCAAGCAACAGCGUGAGCGUGAGUGCUAGAGAGAGAGAGAGAGAGAGGGAGAGAGUAUUAGAACACACAGAUUACAGGGCGUGCUUGGCUGAUGGAGGCUGUAAUUUGCAGUAGGCCAAACAAAAAACACUAAUCAACAGCAAAUAAUCAUUGUAGUUAUUAUAAUUGAAACAAAAUUGAUUUUCGACGUACCACCAAAUAGCCUAUUGGCGCAUAUCACUACUAACCUAUAUUCAUCUGCAUAUUUAACGCGAUUCCUCAAAUGCACUUAUAGUGUUGUUGCUUAUGCUUUACCUAUUGGUGAUUUUUUUUUUUUGAUUUUUUAAUUUUACAAAUUUUAAAAAACUUUUAUCGAUACAUUUACAAUUUAGUUAAAAACCACAUUUUACAACAUAACCAAUUUAUUUUUUAAGCGCAAAACAAACAAUUUACCCUAUGCAAUAUAUAUUCUUUAUUUAGAAACUAAUAACGGCGUUUGCAACAAGAUACAACAUGUCAGAUCGAAGCUGAAGCUGUUGUAAUGUUUUCAAUAUUUGUAAACACUAGUAUGUGUAUUUUAYAAGCAUUUGGCAUUUCUUUAGCAAAUAAUUUUUAGGCAGCAAAAUUAUGUAAAUUUCCAACAAAUAAGAAAUAAAAUUUAAAAUAAAGACAACAAACUAUUUAGAUAGUAACAUAAAGCAAAAUUUUGUGAGCGUGUUAACUGUUUGCCGUCACUGUUGAUGCAAAUUUUAAAUAUAUGGCUUUUAGUGCAAAAAUUAA